CAGAGCAGUUGUAGUAUGCAGUGUAACCUCGAUUUAGACAGUCAGAAGAGUCAGAUCUCACUGACACUUCAUAGUGUUACUCUGUUGUACCAGACAAGCGGUGUUUAAGCUUCAGGAAGAUUCCAGAAAUGGUAGAGGAGAGGAUGGGGGACUGUUGGAGCUACACCAAGGAUCAGUUCGACAACUUGGAGAAGCAUACACAGUGGGGAAUUGAAUUUGUCGAGAGGUACACCAAAUUUGUCAAGGAGAGAUCGGAGAUUGAAACCAACUAUGCAAAACAAAUUAGGAAUUUAUCAAAGAAGUAUCAACCCAAGAAGAACUCACGAGAGGAGGAAGAGAGCAAGUACACUUCCUGUGUAGCCUUCCUGACAACCCUCAAUGAGCUGAAUGACUAUGCGGGUCAACACGAGGUUAUUGCGGAGAAUUUGACUUCUCAAAUCAUCAGUGAGCUGUCACGCUACCUGCAGGAGCUCAAGACUGAGAGAAAAUCGCACUUUCAUGAUGGUCGUAAGGCACAGCAGCACAUUGAGAGUUCAUGGAAGCAGCUGGAAUCAUGUAAAAGAAAGUUUGAGAGGGACUGUAAAGAGGCAGACAGAGCACAGCAAUACUUUGAAAAGAUGGACGCUGAUAUUAACGUGACUAAAGCCGAUGUGGAAAAGGCACGCCAACAAGCUCAGAUGAGGCACCAGAUGGCUUCAGACAGUAAGAGUGAUUACUCAGCCUACCUGCAGAAGUUCAACCAGGAGCAGAAUGAACAUUACUAUACAGUCAUCCCCAACAUAUUCCAGAAACUCCAAGAGAUGGAGGAAAGAAGAAUUGAGAGGUUAGGAGUGUGCAUGAAGACCUUUGCGGAGGUGGACCGUCAAGUGCUGCCCAUUGUGGGGAAAUGUCUAGAUGGCAUGACGAAAGCUGCUGAGUCCAUUGAGCCCAAGACUGAUUCCAAACAGGUGGUGGAGUCCUAUAAGUCGGGGUUCGAGCCCCCAGGAGAUGUAGAGUUUGAGGAUUAUGGCCAGGCCAUGAAGAGAACAGCGUCUGAAACCAGCCUGUCCAACUCGAAAGACGGCAAGGAGAGGCCCGGUGGGAAGAGCAAGGGCAAACUAUGGCCUUUCAUUAAGAACAAGAACAAGCUUAUGUCCCUGUUAACGUCCCCCCACCAGCCCCCCCCAGCCCCCCCAGCCUCAUCCCUGCCCUCACCCUCUGCUGUUCCCAACGACCCCCAGUCUCCCAAGCAGCAUAAGGAGCCCAUCUCCCACCGCCUCAAUGACUUCAUGACCUCCAAACCCAAAAUGCAUUGCCUCCGGAGCCUGAGGCGAGGGCUUUCUCUCAAGCUGAUCACACUCAAUUCCCACGUCCGGAAUCUCAUUGAGGGCUCCGGACCAGAGGACUUCAGCCACCUGCCACCGGAGCAGAGGAGGAAGAAGCUGCAGGGCAAGAUAGAUGAACUGAGCAAGGACAUUCAGAAGGAGAUGGACCAGAGGGAUGCUCUCACUAAGAUGAAAGAUGUUUACGCGAAGAACCCUCAGAUGGGAGACCCCACCAGCGUAGACCCCAGGCUAACAGAAAUAGGACAGAAUAUCGAGAAGCUCCAGCAUGAAGUGCAGAAAUUUGAGGCCUGGUUAGCAGAGGUGGAGGGAAGGAUGCCAUCCAAGAGUGACACACAGCGGAGACAAAGUGGACUCUAUGAGACCCAGAACAACACAUCAAUGGGCAAUAAUUGUGCCCAGGACAGAGAGAGCCCGGAUGGCAGUUAUACAGAGGAGCAGAACUCAGAGACUCAUGUCAAAGCCAACAUCAACCCCAACCCCACCUCCAGCACGCCAGAGUUCGAUGAUGAGUUUGAUGAUGAAGAGGCCCUUCCCACCAUCGGCACCUGCAAAGCCCUGUAUCCCUUUGAAGGUCAUAAUGAGGGCACCAUCUCAGUGGCAGAGGGGGAACUGUUGUACGUCAUAGAGGAAGACAAAGGCGAUGGCUGGACACGAGUGCGCAGAAAUGAGGAUGAGGAAGGAUAUGUACCAACAUCCUACGUUGAGGUCUUAUUGGAAACAAACGCCAAAGAUUCCUAAAAGUGUGAGGCUGGCUGAGGAAUGGCAGGGCAAGCAGCCUUGGAGAAACCACCAUGUUCCUCAAAUGCUCAUAGAGUCAGAGAGAGAAAGUGAAAGAUGACCUGAAUCUAAAAGAGGAGGCUGAUUAUAACGCAUCUCGAUUUCCAAACCAUUACAAAAUUACGUUGGCAGUGUUAUGCUUCUUCUGCAAAACUGUUUGGCAUGAAGUGCCGAUAAGAGAAGUCCAUCCAAAUUUUAGCGCCCAUAACCUUUCCAUUCUUAACACCCAUACAACAAUCACAUAACAACAAUAUGAACUUUGUUUUUGUUUUCAGCAAAGCUUUGCUUCUAAAUGUAACUAACUCCGCUUGCACCUCAUGUGGCCACGACAGCGGCUGUUGGCUUCCUCGCUCUGAACGCCCCCUGGCCCUGCCACUCCUCUAUUUCCCUUCGCCCCAAUGCAAGCACACAUGCACGCACACACACACACACACACACACACACACACACACACUUGGCAGGGUGUGGUCAGAAACAGGAUGGAGACCAGCUGGAGAUGAGUUGAACACUUGGCGCCGCAUGCUACUGAAUCCACUUCAGAUGAGCGGGGCAGGAAGCCACGCUCCUUGUCAAACACCUCCAUCCAACCUUGUGUAUGUGUGUGAGUCCGUCAGACUCCUCACUCACUCAUUGACUCAACAGCAUCGCUGAGAGAAUCAUCCAGCAUCCUGGAGCCAUCCACAAACGGGGCUAAGAAAACGUCACAUUCAUUCCACUCCUUGAAAAGUCAGCUCCAUAUUUGCAGGUUUGAGGCACAUGGAAAAGGAGGGGUUGAAUGGGGUGCUAAUCAUGUGUAUCAUAGGUGCUUGGUGUUUAUGUUGUGUGGUUGUUUGACCUGAGCGUGUGUGUGUGUAUGAGUAUGUGAGGGUGUUGUGUGGUUUGAGAGCCAUGGUGAGUACAUGUCCCAUAACUCGUCAAAGGGUCCACACCGGGGCAGGUAUCCAGGAGCGGGUUGGAACAAAAAGGGGCAUGGAUCCACUUCACUUCUCAACAUUGUCAUCCAACCGUUUGUGUCUUGUCACUGGUGUCUGUUCCUGUCUCUGACCACACCCCCUCACCUGCACAACCCCUCCCUCCUUAGGCGGCAGCGGCUUUCCUUAGGUUUGAGCACUGUGCAGCUGCUCGGGGCAGGGCCUCUCAGCGUUGUGGUGUGCUGCAUGCUUGCCCUGUCUCCUCCUCGCCCCUCUGCUGACAGCCCAGGCGGGUUGGCAUACAGCCUCGCUGCUGGCCUUCCUGUUCAGUUAACCCCCAUUGCCUGGUCAUGUAUUUUAAUUAACCUGUAUGCCACCUUUUGGGUUCUGUGCCUGUGUUUUAUUUUGUUUUUAUCGCUCUUUUCUGUUUGUCACUGACCGAUAUGUUCUUUUGUCUCAGAGAAGCAUGUUUACCUGUGUUUUUAACAGCGAGUUAUUGAUCUCCUCCCAGUGUUGCCCAGUUGAAUCUCAUUACUGUCAGCAAAGGAUGUUAGGGACCCAACAGUGUCAUUUCUGAAUGAAUUUUAUGCAUAAGUAGGUUAUGAAUGUGUUGCGCGUUUGUUAUACUGUAAAUAUACAGUAUGUAUGUCAUAAUAUUAGCCUUGUACAUGUUUUGAUCAGAGUGUCUAAUGCAAGUGGUUGUUACAGUGAUCGCCGUGUGGACACAGGUCUUUCAAAUGUCUCCACAUGGUCCAAGCAACAGAGCUUACCCCAAAAUAAAAUCUAUGAACACAUGAUUUAUGUCCAGUUGUUUCAGCAUGGUCCGUUUACCAUCUACUGUAUAUGAAAAUAUACUGUGAUCCACUUCCCCACAAAUACUGUGAGGCUGUGACUGAAAUAUGAGACAAGGCAGAAUUAACUUUUCUUUUUUUUUGAGGGGGGGCCUUAACUCUGCUUUUAUCCAGUGACUUUGAAACCUGAGUGAAUGAUGCUGAUGUUAUCUGUGGUGUAGUGGAAGGAGCAAGAUGUGAUUUUGCAAAAGUUUGGGGGCAAAUUGAGAGUUUUUCUGAUCAUAAUACUGUCAGACUAGAGAAAUGAUAAUCACUGAUAUUCUUCUCUCAAAGGCACAUACGUGAUUUUAACUUUUUUUUUAUUUUAAAGAUUGAAGUUGAAGAUUUUGCUUUGUAUUUUAAUGUUUUUUUUUUGUUUUGUUUUGUUACGUUUUGUUUUUAAGCUGGAAAUUCAUGUUGCAACUGCUUUACCAGCCACUUGUUCUGUCUAAUUAUGGGGCUGAAACCCCUUUGCUGCAAAUAUAAAUAACAGUGACAUUUUUGUGUUUUCAGUGAAGCCAUCGUUGAUACGUCAUCGGAGUCAAUAUAAUGUUAGGAACACUUUUUAAACGGAGAAGUGAUGGACGCAAUGUCCAACAACAAAUAAACAGUGAUGAAUUAAUGCGAGGAAUGAAGCAAAUCUGUACCGUGGCACCGAAUAAAGUUUUAGAAGUAACACAUUUGCUUUUUGCCACCCAUUGCUUGAUCUGUCCAGAUAUCAAACAAGCCACUUUUGUUUGUUGAGUUGUUUAUUACUGAUAAAUAAAAAAAAUAAGAUUUGCUGAGGUCAACGGCACAUUUAUGGGAGACACACAAAACCACUUAGAGGGCAGCAGUAGCUUUAUAGUGGCCAUCUGCCUGCUGUUUGUCCAUCUCCAGCGCUCUGCACUGAGACCACAACAAACCUUUAGUCAAUGCCCCAGAGUAGGCUGCCUGUACAGAAGAAAUGGCGUGUUGGAAUUAGAGAGAGUAUAUAUGAAUAUAUAAAUAAAGUUUAAACUAAGAAAAAAGGAAAACGUCUAUUUUAACAAUUGAAGGUCUUACCAUUACUUUUUCUGCUUUGCAAAGUAAGACUUUUCCUUUGUAAGGUCUACCAAAUGGUGUGUUUUGCACUUUUUUUUUUUGUUUGUGUUCCAUUGGGUAGCCUAUGCUUGUGUUUUGGAGCACUGAAUACUUUGUAUUGUGUUUAAUGUGCCAAUUAAAUAUAUCUGGAAAGCAAAUA